AUGGUUAAUAAUCAGGGACCAACACCCAAGGAUUAUGCAUUAUUACUCGAUGCUAAUUUUGAUACAUUGAAUAAUCGACCACCAUUUGAUGCUAGCUUAUUAUUGGACAAAAAUCUAGAUUGGUUUCUAAUCGAAUAUAUUAACGAAAUGGAGCUACUGGGUCUUUCUAAUGAACAAACGCUGAAUGCACUUCUUACGAUGAUUGGAGGCUUAUCUAAUAACAGUUAUUGUCGAAAUUUGCUGACCGGUUCAGUAGUUUGGCUCAAUGUUUUUUCACACGUUCUUGGCAAUACUGGCAGUAACAAAAGUUAUUUUGCAAAUGAAAUUAUGCAUUCGUUAAAAACACUUGAUGAUAAAUAUCCAAGCAUUUAUUCCAAUCGUCGAUUCGUAAAUGAUAGUGAUGAUGCUGAAGAACAACCAAAAAAGAAACAAAAAACUGAACAAUGGAGCUUUUCAGCAAGCACUAUCACUGAAGCUGCUUUGUCAAAAAACUCCAAUUAUACUGAUGUCAUGAUAGUUAAUCCAGAUGGUGACAAUGCUUUGAAACUUUUAUCCUAUUAUGAACAAAACAGCAGUAAUAGUGCACAAGGUGUAAGUUGUUUUUGUAAUGGAUUCGAUGGUAUUGAACCUGGUAGCAGUCGUGUCACUGGUGUUGAAUCUUCAAGAAAUGAUCGCCAUCGUUCAUCAAAGCUUUCUAUGUAUGUAGUCAGCACCGGAAAAAAAUUAUCGAUUCCAAAUAUGAAAAUGGUGGAAGAAGGAGCAAACGACGGUGUUUAUGGGAGAGUAUGGUAUACUCAUACUGGCACAGUCCGUGAAUUGCCUGAUGUUCUAUUACAAAAACAAGUAUCGUUACCCAAUUUUACUCACAUUGCGUUAUGUUGCCAUAACUUUUUUCAAAACCGAAUCAUUGAAUUUCGUUAUGGUCUAUUUCGUUCUGAUUUCAAUUACCAACAACGAAAUAAUAUUAGUGAUCGAAUGCAACAUGCUCGACGACAACAAAAUGUUAAUUUACCAGAAUUCUAUGGUAUUUCAAUGGAUGAACAUGACAUCAUAUCACAGCAACCUCCUGUUGGUGAUUAUCAGAAAGAUGAUUCAUUAGAAGAUUUUUCUCCUUUUAAUUUGGCAACUCGUUAUACUAAUGAAAUAUGGAAUGAAUCAUUCACUCUGGAAAAACAUAUCGGUCAGAUGUGGCGAAAAAUAUCUUACCAUUUACCGAAAGCCAUAUGUACAAUAAAAACUCUUCGACUUUUAUUUCGAAUUAUGGGUGAUAAGAUGCUAUUCUAUAUUAAUUCUCAAGAAGGAAAUCGCUCAUAUCAAUCGAAAUUAAUUCCGGAUAUAUUCGACCAAAGAUUAAGUCAAUCAUUAAAUGAAUAUUUCGAACAAUGCACACGAACGAUUGAAGUAGAAAAAAAUAAAACAGUUAUUUUACUUACGACAGAUGAUGUUGAAGCUGGUUAUGUAUGGUGUCGAUGGAAACUUGAAACGACUUCUUUUUUAUUUUCAACAAGUCAAAUUCAACUUAUUGUUAAUUCAAGAACGAGCAAACCUCCCAAACCAGAUCUAUUCGUAACAAAAUCGAUGGCUCAACGACGAAUGGAUAAUGCGAUGGCAAAAAUUUUGAUGACUCCUACAAUAUUUUUCACAAAUGGUUAUUUAUCAACGAAUACUGCACGAGGUGGAAGUGGUCUAUUUAUGCAAAAGAAACUUACUGACCUGAAAUAUGAUCUUGUGUUGGAAAACUUAUUAGUAAACGGUUUUGUGUUGAAAUGCGAUGUUAUUCAACGAACUCAUUUACCGAAAAAUAAUAACUUGUCAUCUUCUUAUUAUAAACAACAGCCGUCGUACUUUGAACAGUCGGAAUUACGAAUGAAAGAACUUCAGUAUAUGGGGAUCAAUUUUAAUGAAUACAAAAAGAAUUAUGAAAAUUCAACGUUGCCUAAAAAUACUUAUUUCAACAAUGAUGGUAUUCAAUUAAUCAAAGGCGAAGAAUGGAUACAAUUUUAUCAUACAUUUCUUAACGAUAUAAUGGCGAAAACAAUGAUUGAGAGUAAAGUAAAAAGCAAUGAAAUUAUCGAAUAUAAUGGUCGUUUUGGUUUGAACAACUUAAAUACGAAAGAUGUUGUAUAUGAACGUGAAGGAAUAGUCAUAGAUGAACCAAAUGAAGGACAAGUUGAAGAAAUGAUUUAUGUUAAUACUGUAAAUAAAGAUAUUAUUCCAGGUCUAUCGACUCUUCUUGCUCAACCAUUUUCUCGUAUUCCACUGAAUGCGAUAACUAAUGAAUCACAAAUGGAAACUGAAUCAUUUCCAAAUGUUAAUUUUCAUCCUGUGUCACAUUCCACGCCGAUCAAUAUCAAUCAUGAUUCUUCUUCGUCUUCAGUACUUUUACAACCUGACCAUGAAACGUCACUCCCGCAUCUAUUCGAUGAUAAUGCAGUUGUGAUUUUACCUCCUACUACUUGUAAUGAUUGUGACUCGUUUCAAUCUUUAUCUACUGUUACAUCUUUUCCAAUACAAGUUGUAUCGAGUAAUUCGAUCAAUAGAGUUAUAGACAUAUUAAAUAGUUCAUCCAUUAAGAUUGGUUCUACAAGCCCAAAUUAUAUUAUUGGUGAUGUUCUGAAAAAUAUUAUUAAUGUUAUUGUUUCUCAGUUUGAUGUCGUUAUGGAUGCUCCAUUGGCUAUUUCAGCAACAAUCAAGAAACGCGGUCGUCAACCAUCAUCGAAAUCAACUUUGCGUCAACCUAUUACUGCAUUGGAAAUUAAUAUGGUUAUUGAAAAUGAUAAGCAUCCAAUUUGGAAGAAGUUAAUUUUAAAUAAACACGUAUUGGCUUCGAUGAGUGAUCUCUCACGGAGUGUAACAGGAAGCGAUGAGAUCAAUGCAGCACGUCUGAGUUGUAUUGAAAAACUAGUAGAUAUUGGCUGUUUUAUAAAUGGUGAUGAGUUUCUUAAUGGGAAACUACGAGCUGUGCUGAAAAAUUCACUUGAAGAUCCUCGACUUAUCUCAGCACUUAAUAAAUAUGGUAUUGAUAUCGAUGAAUACAAACAAUCUUUUAACAAUCAUGCUCCUUUUGCAUACAAGAAUGGCAUUGUAGUUCCUGCUCUUUUGAACAUCGAUACAAAUAAAAAACAGUUUACAAAAGUUUUUGUCGAUACAAUUCAGUCGGAUCCAUUUUAUUCCGUAUAUCUUCGAAUUGAUUCAAAACACGUGAUGGAAUCUUUACCAUUAAAAAGACAGAAUACAUCUAGUUAUGCAACAGAUUUAUUUCGUCAGAAACAACAACAGAAAGUGGCUACUAAGGAAAAAAAAGCUGAAAAAUUAAUCAACAAGAAAACGGUAGCUUCCAACAAUAAUAAGAAAGGUCGUCGUACGCAUUGA